ACAGGAAAGCAUUUCGAAGGACUAAAAUGAGCUUUUGUCUGUCGUCUGUCAUAAGAAAAAAAAUCCAAACGUUGUUUUCACAUAAGUUGACUGCGCCGCGUUCACAGAGGGAAGCAGCGUCCUGCUGCAGUGAGCUUUGAUUCACAGGAACUCUGACACGCAGCAACAAAAGAACAUUUGACACUGGGAAAACUGUCAGGAGACACAGGUUCUCUAAAAUAAGUUCAAAUUCUUAGGAAGAUAAAGUGAAACAUCAUGACUACGCUGCUGGACCUAAAAAGUAGUGUGCUGAGGCAGGUGCAGAGGAGCCAGUCACUAAGGAGCCGAAGGGAACCUCCUCCUCCGACUGCCAGCAGCCCCCUUACACACUGUCCUGACCCCAUACCUCGCAGGAUUUCAGAGGAGAGCGUGGAGUUCUUUGAGCGUAUGAAUGCCAUCCUGCAGAAACAGGAGAACAUGAUGCGGGCGGCCCAGGCGGAGUGCCAAAGAGGGGCCUGCACAGUUCCACCACCCCAAGAGCAUGUGGACCAGGCCUUUAUCCCCGACAGAAUCAGCAGGACAGAGCUGGACCUGCUUUAUGAGGAAGCUGUGUACACGGUGGUCAACAGGGUUGGAGUGCCCUCACCCGAACAUGUGAAAAGUGACGAUGAGCUCUUUGCUUACCUGCUGAAGGUUUUUGAUAUGGGUGAGGAAGAACAUGAAAUCAUUCUCCAGAAAGUUCAAGAAUCCAAGAGAGCCAAUUUUUCCUUGAGAGUUUCUGUUAUGAAAGCAAAGAAUCUAAUGGCCAAGGAUGCAAAUGGCUACAGUGACCCGUAUUGCAUGCUGGGCAUCCUCGUGGGCCAGAGCCCUCGGGAAACGGAGGAGAAGAAGGAGAGAAAGUUCAGCUUCAGGAAGAGGAAGGACAAGCUGGAGAAACGCUCCAGCACCAAGGAAGUGUUACCAGCCAGGUGCAUUCAGGUGACUGAGGUCAAACCUGAGACUCUGAACCCAGUGUGGGACGAGCACUUCGUGUUUGAAAUAGAUGAUGUCCACAAUGACCUCUUACAUCUGGACAUAUGGGAUCACGAUGACGACGUAUCUGUUGCUGAGGCCUGCAAAAAGCUCAAUGAAGUCAGUGGACUUCGAGGAAUGGGCAGGUAUUUUAAGCAAAUAGCAAAGUCAGUGCGUGCGAAUGGAUCUGCAUCAUCGGGCUCUGAGGAGAAUGUAGAUGACUUCCUCGGAUGCAUCAAUAUUCCUUUGAAUGAAAUUCCCGUUAUGGGCUACGACACCUGGUUCAAGCUUGAGCCACGCUCGAGUGCAUCUAAAGUUCAGGGAGAAUGUCACCUGAUUCUGAAGCUCUUCACCAGCCAGAGAGACACAGCUUUGUCUAAGAAGGAGACAAAUGUCUCCAUUCACAAGAAACUGCUGAGUCAGAUUGUGGAGUAUGAGCAUGCUCAUGUCAAGCGAGAGCCAUACAACUGGAACGGGCAGGUUUCUCCUCCAGCAUGGACUGUGCUAACUCACCAUGCUGUGCAAACUGAUCUCUCACCUCUGCAACAGGCUAUUAUUCGCUGGCAGUGCUACAGCAGCCACCAUCGGACCCAGAGGGUGUGCUACUCCCUGCUGCUGCGCCUCCUGAGGACUAUCGAUGCAGAGUGGGACCCUCCCGCUGUGCGGGGAGACCUAGAGAGGCAGCUGUCAGACAGCUUCAGGCUGUACACAGAGCACUGCCUGUGCCUGAUGAAGAACAUGCGUCAGGUUUUCCCCUGCACCAGCGCUGCUGCCAUUACACGCUACGAGCUCAUGCUGAGGGGGAUUGGGUACAUGCAAAACAUGCGUGCCUUUAAGACUGUGUGUCCUCUUCGAAAUGACCUGCAUCUCGACAUCACUACUGCUAUCAAGAAAGGAACUGCUGAGUGGUACGAGAGCUUAAUCGCUCGAUAUAAACCAGAGGAAGGAACUCUGGAGGAACAGCUGAAGAAGCUGGUUCAGGUGAUUGAUGCUGUAUGUGCAGACGUCCAGAGGGCCCAGAACAUCUACAACAAACUUUUCUACAGUGCAGUGAAAGUAGAUUUCUUCAGCAUAUCAUACAGACUGUUGGAAAAGCAGGUAGCUGAUGAUGUGAACGUGGCGAUGGAGCGGGUGUGUGGGACUCUCGAGCAGGAGAGCUCCAGACUGACUCAGACAAUGGGAGAGACCAUCUUCGAGCUCUUCAUGUCCUUGAAAAUCCUCAAAGGCUUUCGAGAGUUUCUUCCUCUCAAGGAUGCUAAAAUGUUGGCCUUGACAGGUUUCCAUAACUGGUUCAAGUCCUCAAUUCACAAGUGGCUGCAGAUUGUUCACGACAGGUCCUGUGACAGGAUUCGCAAGGCAGUGGAAACAGAUAAGCUUGGACCUUUGCAGCAAGCCAAGCACAGUUCCUCAGCAGUUGAAGUGACAGCUUGCUUCAGCCAGGUACGCGAGAUCUGGGUCCAGCUGGCCUGGCCAGACUCUGCGGGGGCCUUCAUCUUUGUCACACGUUUGACAGACAAUUUCUGCAGUGAGGCCGUGUGCUACUCAGAGAUGAUAACGCACAAGAUUGAGAGGAACCAGCUGGGCCGAGACCACAAGAGUUUCACAGUGCAGCUCUGCAUCGCCCUGAACAAUAUAGAGCAUGUGCGUGUUUUCCUGGGUCACCUGCCCCGGGACCUGGACUGGCAGGGUGUGGAGCGCGCCAUGGAGGAAUCCUGCGGGGUGGAGGGGAAAGAGCAGGUUUACAAGGCUCUGAAUGGACAGCUGUUCAACAUGGACCUGGACCUGCAGAGAGAAGCUAAACGCCUCAUCACACUGCUCACUGACAAGAUGCUGCCUGAGCUGCGGAGGUACAUCCAACACAUCAGCCUGUCUCCUGACUCCAUUAACAAUGAUGACGCUGUUUCCCCUCUCAUGAAGUACUUACAAGACACUAUGGUCAUCCUGACAGAAAACCUUGUAAAAGAAAAUCUAACCAGAGUUCUCCAGAGCAUGUGGGAGCUCCUCCUGCGGAUGAUCCUGGACACGGUCACUGAAAACAGGGGUGUCCAGGUGGAGUUUUACAACCGCUUCCAGUACACAGUAGAGACUCUGUUGCAGUUCUUUCAUGCUAGGGGAGAGGGUCUAUUCCUGGAAGACAUGAAGAGCGGAGACUACAAGGUCUUGGAUGAGGAGCUGAGGCUGAAUAAAUGUUCGUCCUUUGAGCUGAUUGAACAGUACUAUCUGGAGAAGAUUUCCCACCAGAAAACUCUCAAACAUACACGUUACGGUCGGAUCAGCGUGAAGUGCUACUAUGAUGCUCCAGAGCAGCGGCUGACAGUGGAGAUCCUGCAUGCUGCCGAUAUCAUUGCACUGGAUGCCAAUGGUCUGAGUGAUCCCUUCGUCAUAGUGGAGCUAUGUCCUCACCACCUCUUCCCUAUGGCCAAGAGUCAACGCACGCAAGUGAAGCUUAAGACGCUGCACCCAGUGUUUGAUGAGCUCUUUUACUUCCACGUCAGUCCUGAACAGUACAGGCACAGGUUUGCCUGUUUGACCUUUACUGUGAUGGACUACGAUUGGCUGUCCACCAACGACUUCGCUGGAGAAGCCGUCGCUCCUCUCAGCGACUUCUGCUGGCCGGGGAGACCGAACGCCUCAGCGGCUGGCAAGAGCGUCCAGCCUGUCAUUCUGCAUCUGUCUCGCAGUAAACCCAGCGGUACAUACGGCUCCGGGCGGUAUCAUUUAUUUUGUUUCAUUUUUUUGCUUUUGUUUUUUUUUUACUUGCUUUGUUUACUCAAACAUAAUAUUUGCUUCUUGAAGACCAGGGGGUGUAAGUCUGGGUUUCCAAUUACUUCUUCAAUGCAGCAUGAAAAGCCAUUCAAUCAAGAGAUAUUUGUGUCAGGUGUAGAAACUGUGCUCAUCUGUUUUCUCUCGCCUCCAGAGAAGCCAAUCAUGGGGAUGCUGGAAGCUCGCGUCGGGGACCGGGAGGCUCAGGAGUUUGUCCGCAGGCUGAAAGAGAUUGAGAAGUCAAUGGAGGAAGAGUAAAGGGUGACAGCGCUGCCUGUGUUGGUGUUUUCUGACCACGUCUUGCGACAUGUGCUUUUGUACUGGUACAAUGUUUACACUAUUGAAAUAAUUUUUUCCCCUCCCUGAUGUAUUGUUUGUUCAGUAAUUAUACCAAAAUGAAAAGAAAAGGAAGACAGUGAAGCAUAUUUCCGUUUUCUUACUGAAUGAACGUCCUGUCACUGUGCAACUCGAUGCUGUCUCAGUUAAACUAUAUUUUAGAAUCCAGUGGAUAGCUGAUCCUAAAUGUUACUAGUCUAUAUUUUUUGUAAUGAGGUAAUCGUUAUCUUUGUUGUAUACUCUUUGAUAUGAUAGAUUUAACAUUUUAGAACUAUUUUGUGGAAGUAGCUUACACAUCGAAUAGUAAUUAGUCAAAGUCUAUACCUCAGAUAUGCUCAUUAGUUGAAGGGGAGUUUGACAUUCUUCAUGGACUUUGUGGAGAUAAAUUGUGGGAAGGACUAUUAAGAAAGUUAAAGCCUGAACCCGCAUUUAGUUUCCAUUUCAUAAGUGAAGUUUUAAAUAGAAAUUUUUAAUAGAACUCAUGAAAACAUAAUGCACAGCUUUGGGAAACUGCACCAGUCAUUCACUCAGCAGCAGCAGGAGCAGCAGGAGGAGCAGCAGGGAAGCUUAAAGUUCCCCUGAGGCACACGCCACAGCUCGGGUUCAUUCAACUUUUCAGAUUGCUCCUCACAAAGAUUGUGAUGUGUCAGUGAAGAGACCAAAGACAGUGCUACCUUAGUGCUGGAAAGAUCUAUCCUUUGAACUCCUUCCCGUAUUUUGUGCGACACCACUUUUUCAACUGACAGAUUACACAUCAUAUGUGUAGCCAAUCCCUAACACUCAAUUUCAGACAGUUUUUUCUGCUUUUCGAUCUGACAUGAUGUCACUGAGAGGGAUAUCUAUAAUAUGGUCAUCUCAGCAUAGAAGCUUUCCCCAUCAGAUGUACAAAGCUUUUGUUUCCAAGAGGCAGCCAAUCAGUAGAAAGUUGGCAAAGUGAGAGGAGCUUAAAGAGCUUGUUCAUCCAGAGAUACUCUAGUAGAGUCCAAGAAUAAAGAUGCAGUUGAGAAGGAGUAUAAGAGGUUCCUGUUAAACAGACAGUUGGUUCAUUUAGACAGCAGAUAUCCCAAGGAGGAAAUAACUCCUAAUAACAUUUGUACUCCCGAAGUUCAGCGUUAUUAAGAAGUCUGGUUUAUGGUAGGGAGUGUUGUUGCAUUAAUGCGUCACACACGUCGACUUAUUAGUCACUUAUUAUUACGAUCUGAUAUCCGAGGCAGCGUGUUUGGGAGAUGGAGAGUAGAGCUUAUGAAAACAGCAACACUGAACUCGCUGCACAUUUAAAAUUCUAAUCUCGGAACGAGCUAUCGAAAAGCACAGUCAGGAGAGCAAUGGUAAAAAGUGGUGUCCCUCUCUGUUACCUUAGUAAUGCUUUUAUCCACAUCUUCUCAAGUGUGGAAAAUCAUGCAAUCAAGCCCACUCACCACCAAAAGACUUUCACUGCAUCUGCAAAGCCACGGGGAAUUGCUUUUUUUUUUUCAACUGAGUACAUGUGAAAUCCUUAAUAACUAUUACUCUUUACUACUCUGCUAGCAUUUUAAUGGUUGGGGGAAUAUAUCCCCUGACAUCCUCAAAAAGUAAUACACUUUGUGACACAGUGUGCGGCCCUAAGCCCCGAUGAAAGAGGUUAAAAAAUAUUCAUUUGGUGAAACAGUAGUGUUCAGAAACCCAUCAAACAUCACAAGAUCUCCAUUGAUCAAAUUUGAACUCCUACUCAUCGUAGUCCUUUUGCGAGGGAAAGAAAUUAACAUUAUGUCAUGUUCUGAAGUUUAAUCUCUUGAGGUCAAAAGAAAAUAAGGUUAAUGAACCUGCGCAGUGGCUUAAUUAUACUUAAGGGGUAAAGAAAGCCCUCCUUACCAGCAGCUGCUCUCGUAUGGCUGACAGAAAUAACACUAGCCAGUCUCUCAAAGCUGUGCCAGUAACUGAGAGGUUAGGAUGUUAAGAUGAGGGUUAAACCACACCCAGAAAUCCAGCCACUGUUUAUCUUGUUAACCACAUGGGAUUGUUGUUAUAUUGUUAUGCAACUUAAAGAUUAACAAACCAUUUUAUUAAAAAAAAAAAAAAAACGCAAAUAUUUCAAUAUAAUAAUGGAGUAUUCUCAAUUUCACACUCAUUUAAUUCUAAAGGGCUCGUUUCCUAGGGAGGUUGAAAUAAAAAAUUAGCCAAUUAUGCUUUUAAAAAGAGGCUUUUUUAGUAAACCUCAUAUUUACUUUUAAAGGUGAGGUUGUGCAUUAAUGAGCUUAAUUUCAGUCUUUAGUGUUAGAGGUCUGGUGACAUUGAGAAUAAUAUCAACAACCCGAGCCAUCUUUCAGCAAACAAAAUUUUAAAAAAGGAACAAAACAUUGAAAACGAGCGCAGUACUUUGCAAAGAAAUCAGCCACCCCUCAUUUAUUUGACUUUUGCCAGGAAAAUGGGAAAUACAUGCAGACAUUUGUUGAAACAUGUCCUAUCACACCUGGAAAAACAACAUAUUUUAAAAGUCAGUAUUCGCUAUGACCACCUUUAUUCUUCGACGCAAACCAAAAUCUCCUAGGCAGCUUUCUUGUUUUUUCUUUAAGUAGUCUUCUGGAAUAGUUCUCCAAGUUUCUUGAAAUAUAUUCAAGGCUUUUUGUUCUUUUCUCUGUCAAAAUGCUAAGGUCUGACUCAACACUAAUUCCACACCUUGAGUUAUGAGCCUUUUUUAUGCUUGAAUGGGUCGGUUUAUAGGUUCAUAGGUCAGUGUUAAGUGGCUUAGCAAACAAGCAGCCAAUGUCAAAAGAAAAAAUCAGAAAGAUCAUCAGAAAGGCUGGAGAACUAUCGCUCAAGAUCACUUGAGUCUGCAAGGAAGGAAAAUAAAAACAAGUGAGGGGUGGUUCAAGAGUUCUGCUGAGUACUGUACCUUUAAUUAUUUUCAUUGACAGCCAGAACUUUUAAAUUGGAGGUUUAAUGCUUUAUUUUUCUAGGAAGUUGCCCCUAAUAUCAAAAAUGUAGCUUAAGGUUUACAGUUGUAAUGCACUAGAAACUCUGAACAGUCAUCUGCUGUUGGAAAAGCUACUUUCAGCUGCUCCCUUGGUACAAGGGGUCGCCACAGCGGGUAGCUCUGCAUGUUUGAUCUGGCAGAGUGUUUUAUGCCGGUUGCCCUUCCUGACGUGACCCCAGAGGGGAUUUGAGACCUAUGUUAAAAGCAUUUAAAAAACAGGAAUACAGUCAGGGUAUUGGGAAGUAUUAAAAUCGCAGUUCUAAUUACGAAUGGCACCUUUUUUAGAAGAGACAGCAGGAUCACAGAGUCGUAACAGAGGUGUAGUGAAGAAACACUGAAAAACACUGUAGCAAGUAGCAAGUACUUAGCACCAAAAUCUUCACACCGACAGCAUUUUGAUAGUGAUGUAACUUUACAGUAGCUGCUUGUGUAGUGCUUUGUCGUUAACCUGUGGAGUCGUGAGGAUGAAGCACCCAAAAAACCAUAUCUAUGCCUGGAGAGUGUGCUGCAUUUACAGGCAUUGUUAAAGCGUUCGAUAAGCCUGCCUUACAAACAGGAGCUGGGAAUGCUUUCAGUCCAUCUGAAUAGCACUUGCCUUUACAUUUAGUUCUUAGGAUAUUUCAGGUAGAAUAGUGUUGGCGUUGUUGCAGAAAAAAAAAAAUCACCCAGCAUCUCCACUGUUAAGUCUGCAGGUUUUCAUAGGCGUGAUAAAAGGAUGUAACUGUGAUAUUUGAGUGAGUACCAGUGUUGCGAUUAUAUUUUCUCUGUAUUAUUUUCCAACCAGUUCUUCUGGCCAAAUGUUUACAAAGAAAAAUGCAACCUCAUUUUGAGCGUAAGCAACUAUUUUAAAGUCAGAUAAAUGUUAUAAGAUAAAUCUUAUAUUGUAGGAUCAACAUGCAGGAGUAAGUUGCAUAUUUACAGUCAAAUUAAAACUAACACUGACGAUUUUAAAUUUAAAAAAAAGAAGCCAAAACUUUUUUUUUCCAGAAUGCAGUUGAAGAAAGUAACUAUAUUUUCCAGUUAUUAAAGAUUUGUCUAUACUCAGUCACAGUUUUGUAAAUUUCCUAACGUUGCCCUUAGACAGGCAGAUCCGGUCAGUAUUAUUAUGGAUUUGUUCUGCUGAUUAUUCAGAAGCAAAGGAAACAUUUUGGUCGUUAAAUGUUCAGUUAAGUCAAAGUGUUAACAUAGUGUUUGGUUCAUUGAAAACGAUGUAAAAUGUUUAGUUCUGAAUAUACAGGAAAUGUGGCAAAGGACAUCAGACUGUGAAUCAACACACCGUCAUUAUGACCUAGUGUCACGGCUGCCAGUGACUCAUUUUAUUUAACUAUUAUGUGAUAUGUUGCUGAGUUGAGCACCUUCUUUGGAUGUUUAGAUUCAAAGGCACUGCUGGUGAAAAGUAUCUGCAAGAGGCAAAACUCUUUCAAUUUGUUAUUGUGAAAGUGAAUUAUUUGUCCUUGAAUUGUAAAUGCCUGUGUUGCUGUUUAUUGGAUUAUACCUUUGGGAAAUGUCUACAUACCCAAUAAAGAUUGUAUUUAACUUUAAA